GACCGCCCUCGUCUCUCCCGGGCCUGCAGAGUGUGUCGUAUGCCGUUGGUUUACUGGGGUUCAGAACGACCAUCUCUCGGACCUGAAAAGUGUCGAUGAGUCUUUGUCUUUCUGACUUUAGAAAAGUUCCUCUGAAAAGUUUGGCUCGUUGGUUUUCGACUCGAAAAACGACCACCUCUGCAAAGUGAAUUUGAGUCGUUGUAAUGUAUCAUUGUGCCGUUGUUCUUCAACUUUAAAAAGACCAUCUCUCGAACCUGAAAAGUGUCUUUGCGCCGUUGGUUUUCGACAUGAGAACAAUCACUUGGACCAGUAAAGUGUCGUCCUGCCGUUGAGCAAGUGAAGCUGGUUGUUGUUUUGCUAAAAUCUGGAAAACAAAUAAACGACAAUAUUCACGUGUUACUCAUGAUAAAAAAGAAAUUGUUCAUUAACGUGAAUGGGAAUGGCGAUGAAGCGAACCUCGAAUUUUUUAGUGAACUUGUGAACGAAACACUUGGAGAGAAAGGCCGAAGCAGCACAGGGCAGCAAUCCUCUCUCCUCUAAGGUGUUUCUCGCCAGCUCCAUGCUCUCCACCGACACAAACUUCAACCAGGGGAGCUCAGACAUCACCCAAAAGCUCAUUGAAACCCCUUCUGUGAAGCUCGACUGCUUGUCCUCCGUCGAACAUUUCGAGUUCGUACGGGACUUCGAGGACGAGGCGAGGAGAAUACUGCAAGACCUCGAAGCGAAGGACGCCUCGAUUUCGAGAGGCAGAAGCGUGCCUCAGCGUAGAAUAAGAAGAAAGAAGAAGAAGAAAAAAAAGAAGAAGAUGGAGAAAGGGAAAAGGAAAAAAAGAAGAAAAAAGAAAGGAAGAAACGAUACGCAAGGGAGGACCAACGCGAGAAAGCGGGUUCGAACUCAUUACAUGGCGAGAGAUUCUGCUUCGAACUUUUGGCGAGAUCCGGACCCUUUCCUCGCGGGCGGUCUGAGGGAAAAUAACACGUCCUCCGGGAUUUUUAGGAUCGAAGGAAUUCGAAAGCAGACACACGAAGGAUCUCAGAGCUUUGGAAAUACAGCGUCUCAAUCUCAUCUUCAGAAGAGAAGGAGAGAUGUUGCAAAUUUGCCUGCAAGUGCACAGACUCACGAUUUCGAGGAAGGAGAGCCACGGACAUUCCCGGAUGUGGUGUGCCGCCAGUCCAACACGGGCCUCUUCUCAUUCUUCGCCUUUGCCAUCCUCAGCCUCGACCUCACCGCCAAUAUCAUGAGCACCAUCGACAUCUCCGUCGACAUCGACAUCGCCGGAAGCGCCGCCAACAGCUCCACCACCAUCAACAACACCAACACGAACACCAACACGAACGAGAACAUGAACACCAACAACAACAACAACGGCCGGUCCUUUUACUCCUUCGACGUGCAGAGCUCCUCCUCGAACCCAGACUCACCGAGGAUCCUCCAGGACUCGAGGGGCAUUGGAGAGUCACCGAGGAUCCUACAGGACGAAGGAGGCGACGACUACGCGACGGGAGAAGCAGGUUACCCACCUCAGGAGACCGUCGAGGAGAGGAACACCCUGAAGGUGUUGCUGGAGAGCACCUACGAAAGGUUCCUGGAGGUUCACCAGCGGGUGAUAAUGGAACAAGGUCGGGUUCACAGGCGGGGGUUCAGCCAGGGGUUCCUCCAGGCUUGGUUCGAGGUCGUGCUCGAUCUGUAUUAUGCUCUUAGGGAAUGACCGAUUUUCUUUUUUUUUUUUAAUCUGUGUAUUAUUGUCCCCUUUGAAAAGCUGUUUGUUCUUUUAUAUCUCGUUAUUAUUCGGUUUGAGAAUCGUUAUUUUUUCUUCUUUUUUAUCUAUUUUUCUCUGAGGAAAAUCAUUAUAAUUAUCUUUUGAUCAUUGUAUCCAACUGAAGAAAAAAACUAUUUUUUUUCUGUCUGUAUCAAUCUCUUCAAGUUUUAUCUUACGUACUCCAUGUAUUUAUUCUAUUAGAAAAAUGUUCUUUAAAACUGAAUCACAUAGGAACAUGUACAAUACAUUCUGAGAAAUUGAUUGG